GGAGGCGGUUGCUGCGGCCGGCGAGUGGGGUCCUGUGGGCUCCUGACGACUCUGCUGCGGCGGGUAGUUUAUAUUAUGAAUUCUCAAGAGAAGAGAGAAGAGCAUCCUUUUGCGGAUAUAUUUAAUGAAGAUGAAGCUGAAUAUAACUUUUUGCUGUCUAAACCUGUUUGCUUUGUUAUAUUUGGGAAACCAGGGGUUGGGAAGACAACUUUAGCUCAUCAAAUAACACAGGCAUGGAAAUGUAUUCGUGUAGAAGUUUUACCAAUUUUGGAAGAACAGAUUGCCAGGGAAACUGAAACAGGAGUUAUGUUGCAAUCAAUACUGCUCAGUGGUCAAAGCAUUCCAGAUGAACUUAUCAUAAAGCUAAUGUUGGAGAAGCUCAACUCCCUGGAAGUUUCUCACUUUGGUUAUAUUAUCACUGAACUACCAUCACUUUCACAGGAUGCCAUGACUACUUUGCAGCAAAUAGAAUUAAUUAAAAAUUUAAAUUUGAAACCUGAUGUUAUAAUCAAUAUUAAGUGCCCUGACUACGAUCUAUGCCAAAGAGUUUCUGGGCAAAGGCAGCAUAGUAGUACAGGGUACAUAUACAGAAGAGAUCAGUGGGAUCCUGAAGUCAUUGAGAAUCGGAGGAAAAAGAGGAAAGAAGCCCAAAAAGAAGGAAAAGGAGAAGAGGAAGGUGAAGAGGAGGAAGAGCAAGAAGAAGAAGAGGCAUUUAUUGCAGAAAUGCAAAUGGUGGCUGAAAUUCUUCAACAUGUAGUCCAGAGACCUGAGGAUUAUUUGGAAAAUAUUGAAAACAUUGUUUAACUUUAUAAGGAAAUAAUUCUUCAUCCUUUAGAAGAAGUAAUGGCUGAACACAAUUCCCAGUAUCUCAUUGAGCUAGAUGGAAAUAAACCCCCAGAGGAGCUCUUCAUGGUAAUUAUGGACCGACUUAAAUAUCUGAACCUAAAAAGAGCAGCUGUUUUGACUAAACUUCAGAGUGCAGAGGAAGAAAUUACUGACAUAAUGGAAAAUGUAAUUGACUAUGCCAAGCUUGUUCAACCGCGUUUUGAUAAAGCCCUUGAAACGUUAGUGAGAGAUACGAUAGCGGAGGCCACUGAAGCAGCGAUUAAAGCUGUGAGAGAGCAGCUCUUCAUAAAGCUACAAGCUAAAAGACAAGGUGAACCAUCUCUGUCACAUGUACUGGGCUACAGAGCACAGUCAACUUCAAGAAUACCUGAAAGAGAAUUUGAAAGGAAAGAUUAUGAGAAGUUCCAAUCUGAUGCAUAUAAGAGUUUAGAAGAAUCACGGUCUUCAUUUGAUGAAGAUGUGUUCACUCAUGAAUCCCAAAAAGAUCGUUUUUUAGAAGACAAUGAAGACAAAAAGAUUUCAGAAAAUGUCUUCGAUGAUCCAGCCUCUAAAACUGGUAAAGAUGAUGCAUUAGAAGACUCAAUAGAAGAGGUAACUGCAGAGCAUCCAGAGGUUAUUUCUAUGAUAGAGGAGACUGUGAAAAUGACAAAGGAUAUGAACUUUGAACAGCCAUAUGAAAAACAUGCUGAAAUCUUAGAGGAAAUCAUCAAAGAGGUGGUUGAAGAAAACACGAAUAGGUUUUCUGGUGCCCCAAAGUAUGGAGGAUGGAUACUGGACAACUGCCCUGUUAUGAAAGAACUGUGGAUAGUCUUAGUCGAGAAAGGAAUUAUACCUGAUUUAGUAAUCUAUUUAUCAGAUACAGAAAACAAUGGGAAAUAUUUACUUAAUAGACUGUAUUUAGAGAAUAAGACUGAAGUUGACUCUAAGAUUUUAGAAAGAUUAUUAGAUGAACUGCAAAAGAAAAAAAAGGAGGAAGAAGCAGCAAGAAAAGCUGCUGAAGAAGCACUGAGAAUAGAAGAAGACCAAAGGCUAUUGGAAGCUAUAAGCGAGAAAGCAAAAGAAGUAGAAGAGGCUGAACCGGAGGCUGAAGAGGAGAUUGAAGGUGAGGAGCCUGAAGUUCAGGAAGGGUCUGAGGCCCUGGAGGUAGCCGAGGACACCAAGGGAUCCUUACCUGAGGAGUCUGAAGCACCUGAGGUCCCUGAAACAGAACCUGAAUCAGUAUUUGAGCUUGCUGAGGAUACUAGAGUUGGAACAGAAAUUUCAAAAGGAUCCAAAGAGGGCCUGGAAACUAAAGAAUUAUCUGAAACAGUUGUACUCCCUGAGUUUCCAGAAGAUGCUUAUCCUGAUGUUCCUGAAAUGGAGUCAAUUAAAGAGAAGAUUAAACAUUUCAACUACAUGUGGAAACAUCUGGAAGCAACAAUCAAUGAGUCUUUCGUUCAAAUUUUAAACUUGGAGAUUGCUGACAAAACUCCAGAGGAACUACUUCAAAAAGUAGUUGAAACUAUGGAAAAACCCUUCCAGUAUGUUGCAUGGGAGUUAACUAUGGAAGAUUAUGAUGAAGAAACAGAAGACUAUCAGGCAGAAGCUGAAGUUGAUGAGGAGCUAGAAGAGGAAGAGGAGGAAGAGGAAGAGAAUGAAGAUAGAAUUAAGGAGAAGAGAAGGCACUUGGGAGAUACAAAGCACUUUUGUCCAGUGUUUCUCAAAGAAAACUUCAUCCUACAACCAGGCAGCACAGAUGAAGCAGCUAAAUAUCGAGAAAAGAUCUACUACUUUUCAAGUCCUGAAGCUAGAGAGAAGUUUCUGGAGCAUCCCGAGGAGUACGUGGCUCAUAAAGAACCGUUAAAGGCUCCUCCAGUAAGAAUAUGCCUUAUUGGCCCCCAUGGUUCUGGCAAAACCAUCUGUGGAAGACAAUUAGCAGAAAAAUGGGGCAUUUUUCAUAUUCAGUUUGAAGAAUUUCUUCAAGAGAAACUAAUGCUCAAAACCGAAAAGAAAAUUGGAACUGAAUUUGAAGAAGAUUCUGAUGAAGAACAGUUUACAAAACAAGAACUUGAAGAACUUGCAAUUCAGGCCAAAGUCAAGAUUGAAGAAGAAAAUACAAGGAAGCCGCCUCCAGAUGUACAAUUUACAGAAGAAGAAGAAGCAAUCAGAUUAAAUCUAAUGGAAAAUGAGCCAUUACCUCCUGAAAUUCUUGAAACAAUUCUUUCUGAGUGGUGGCUUAAGGAACCAAUACGUUCCACAGGUUUUAUAUUAGAUGGUUUCCCACGAUAUCCUGAGGAGGCUCUGUUUCUGGGGGAACGUGGAUUUUUCCCAGAUGCUGCUGUUUUUAUACAAGUUGAUGAUCAAGAUAUUUCUGAUCGACUCCUUCCUUCCCAAAUUGAAAAGUGGAAACAGAAACAAAAGAAAAAAUUAGAAAGGAAAAAACUCAUCAAAGAAUUGAAGGCAAAAAUCAAGGAUGCUAUGAUUUCUAAAAGAAGGGCUGAACUUCUAGCAGAGAAAGAAAAAAGACAUAAAGGGGAGAUUGGUAAAGAAGAUGAAGACUUCAGUGAAGAAGAGCCUGAAGAAGAUGAAGAUGAUAUUGACAACAUCCUUGAAGAUGAAUUUCCAAAAGAUGAGGAAGUGGUGAGUGAAGAAGAUGAAGAACAGGAAAUGGAUGCACUUGAGCGCCUGAGAGGUGAACUGGGAGAAAAAUUUGAAGCAGAUAUGAGUAAUUUACAAGUAAUACAGGAUGAAUUUGAGAAGCUUUUGAUCCCAGUGAUUCUCAUCAAUGGAGCUCGAAAAAUCCACAUUGUACAAUAUAAUAUGAAUAUGAAACUGAAACCACUGGUGGAGAAUCGUGAGAGCAUUUUUGAAAAAUGUUAUCCAAUAGCAUCACACCUUGCCCAGAAAAUGCUUAGCUGUACCUAUAAGUAUGUAAGCGCAUUUGGCUACUGGGACCCUGUAAAGCUAAGUGAAGGAGAGACAAUCAAACCAAUUGAAACUUCAGAGAAUCCAGUCCAUGCUGUAAUCCAUCGUCAGUAUAUCUAUUUUUUAUCUAGUAAGGAAACUAAAGAAAAAUUUAUGAAGAACCCAAUCAAAUAUAUCCGCCAACCCAAACCCAAGCCUACUGUGCCCAUUAGGAUUAUAAUUCUGGGACCUCCAAAAUCUGGGAAAACUACAGUUGCCCAAAAAAUUUCAAGUGAAUAUGGCUUAAAGCGUUUGUCAGUAGGAGAAGCUUUGCGUUACGUAUUAAACAGCCAACCAGACACAGAGCUGGCACUCAUGUUAAAUUGGCAUCUUCAUAAAGGAAUGACAGCACCUGAUGAACUGGCUAUUCAAGCCUUAGAAAUCUGUCUGAUGGAAAGCACAUGUAAUACUGCAGGUGUUGUCAUCGAUGGCUACCCUGUAACUAAAUAUCAAGUGAGUCUCUUGGAAGCUAGGUCAAUCAUCCCCAUGGUCAUCUUUGAGUUGGAUGUGCCUUCCAAGGAGAUUUUCAAAAGAUUGUUCCUGGAAAAAAAAAAAGGAACAAAGGUAAUUUUGCCUUAUCCACUGCACAAUAGCACACAGAUAACAGCUGUCAAAAACUCAAAAUACCAUAAAAAUAUUGAUGAGAUUAGGAAAUAUUAUCAAGAACAGCAUCAGAACUGGUAUGUGAUUGAUGGAUUUCACAGCAAAUGGUGGGUGUGGAAUAAAGUCAUUAAGAAAGUUCAAAUGGUGAAUAAAUAUAUGCAGAUAUACCUGGAAAGGAUAAAAGCAGGAAAAGCUGCCUGCAUAGACAAGUUAUGUAUCACACCUCAAGAACUGAUUUCUCGCCUGGGCGAAUUUGGACAGUUCUGCCCUAUCAGCCUGGCAGAAUCACAUGAACUAGUUGAUUGCUCUAUAACUGACUCAUUGGAAUUUGCAGCAGAGUUCAGAGGGCACUAUUAUAAAAUGAGUUCUCAGGAAAAUCUGAAUAAAUUUUUGGAGAACCCAGAAUUGUAUGUGCCUCCGUUAGCACCUCAUCCACUACCACCUGCCGACAUGAUCCCCAAAAGGCUGACACUGUCAGAGCUGAAGAGCCGAUUCCCCAAGUGCGCGGAGCUGCAGGGCUACUGUCCAGUGACCUAUCAGGAUGGAAACCACAGAUAUGAGGCCCUUGUACCUGGUAACAUUAAAUUUGCUUUAGAAUAUCGUGAUCGUAUAUAUAUUUGUGAGACUAGAGAAAAACUCGAGAAAUUUUUGAGGUUGCCAGAGAAAUACUGGAGCCAGAAGCUUCCGUACAAACUGCCCCCGUUGAAGGAGCCCAUCCAUCUCACGAGUCUUCCUUUGCCUGGAUAUCUGGAACAGGGUAUCGCAACUUCACUAAUUAAAGCAAUGAAUGCAGCAGGAUGCUUAAAGCCCAAAUUCCCGUUUUUAAGUAUAAAGAGAUCUGCACUACUGUAUAUAGCAUUUCACCUAAAAGCCUUCAAUCCCAAAAGUUCUGAAUAUACAAGAAGGAAGUAUAAGAAGAAGUUGGAGCAAUUUAUGGAGAGUUGUGAACUCAUCACAUACCUGGGUGCCAAGAUGACCAGAAAAUACAAGGAACCUCAGUUUAGAGCCAUUGACUUUGAUCAUAAAUUACAUAAAUUUCUCUCUCUUAGAAAUAUAGACCCAGUUAAUGGCUAG